AUGGCUGGAGCACAAGAAAAAUGGUACUUUACAAAAGAACAAUUACAAUCAUCACCAAGCAGAAAAUGCGGUUUAGAUGCAGAUAAAGAGCUCGCCUAUCGGCAGCAGGCUGCUAAUCUUAUUCAAGAUAUGGGCCAGCGUCUUCAAGUAGCUCAGCUAUGUAUAAAUACAGCGAUAGUGUACAUGCACCGGUUCUACGCAUUCCACUCCUUCACACAGUUUCACAGGAAUGCGAUAGCAGCGGCGGCGCUCUUCCUAGCUGCAAAGGUAGAGGAACAACCAAGGAAAUUGGAAUAUGUUAUAAAAGUGGCCCAUGUCUGCCUCCACAGAGGUGAAGGUGUGAACGCCCUUACCUCGGAACAAUAUCAAGAACAGGCACAAGACCUAGUGUUUAAUGAGAAUGUCCUGCUACAGACUUUAGGGUUUGACGUAGCGAUCGACCACCCACACACAUACGUUGUGCGGACAUGCCACCUUGUGAAAGCUCCCAAAGAUCUGGCGCAGACGUCAUACUUCAUGGCGUCGAACAGUUUGCACCUGACUACAAUGUGCCUGCAGUACAGACCGACGGUGGUGGCAUGUUUCUGCAUACAUUUGGCAUCCAAAUGGAGCAACUGGGCAAUACCGCAAUCUCACGAGGGGCGGCAUUGGUUCUCAUACGUAGAUCGCUCGGUCACUACAGAGCUGUUAGAGAGACUGACCGCAGAGUUUCUGCAUAUAUUUGAUAAAUGUCCGUCCAGACUCAAAAGAAAAAUGAUGACCAUGUCAAAUAACAGUGGGAGCUCGCCUCAUUCAAAUGCACACCCAUACAGUUCAUCAUCGCUCGCAAAUUCACAAUUUGAGAAGAAACACAGUUUGGCUAAUACUGAAGAAAUGGAGAAAUCAUUUGAUAAAGAAUAUGAACGUGAAAGGCGUCGUCAACCAGUACCGGGCGGCUACGUACCGGCCACAACGGCACCUCAAAAUCCACCUAGCCAACCCCAGAAAAUCGACUUUAAUAUAUAUAGAGAGAAGAAGGAAAGGGAGGAGAGGGAAAGGCGGGAGGAGAGAGAGAGGCGGCAGCAGGCCAUGCAGCAGCAGCAACAGCAACAGCAGCAGCAGCAGCAGCAACCCCACCCGAGCCAGCAGCCACAGAGGCCCGUCCCGCAGCCCAGCUCCCGGCCCUCGCAGCCGCCUCCCCACCACAGACCCCCCUCCAGCCAUAACAGUCACAAACCUCCCCACCCCUGGCCCCACAAACCUCCCCACCACAAGCCGCUCCACACCGACCACAGACACCACAGGCAGCUGCCGGGCCCGUCCACCUCCGCUCCCACCCACCAGCCGGAGGUGGUCCCCCAGCGGACGCGGCCGCCGUCCCUGUUCUCGCCGGAGAAUGCCACGACACCUACCGUCGCGGCCGCGGCCUCCGCGCCCCGCCGGCCUCAACUACCCCAGCAGAGGCCCAAACCCGAGUCCAGGCCGAGUAUGCCCAACGUCGGUCUGCCCCCCGUGUCCCAGGCGCCAAACCUCCAGCCCCUCGAGCAACCCAAGCCGAUGAGCCCCCACAAGAAACGCCCCGAUCCCACCUCGGUGGUGCGGGACAUGCAGCCGCCGGCCAUCCUGUCGCCGUUCUCGUCCCCGCCGAGCAAGGAGCACAAAUCUCGCCAGAGGUUGCCCUCCAACUCCGAACCUGAGCUGGUCCCCGUCCUGAAGAAAAUUGACGAGACGCCUGGCUACGAGAACGUAGUGAGAGACUCGCAGCGCGGCGGCUCGAUCAAGACCCGCUACCCGGAGCACCGGAAACCGGAGCCCACGAGGCCCAUCAACGGCAUAGAGACCGACCCCACCCUCGUGUCCAAUCUACUCAAGGAGAGCCUGGCUAAACCCGCCCCCAUCACCGUCGCCAUGGAGCGAGCUCCCGCGGAGGUCAAGCGCGAGCCCGUAGAGCCGGCGGCGCCUCCCGCCGCCCCUCCGCCGGCCCCCGAAUCGGCCCCCGCCGCGCCGCCCGCCCCGCCCCAGGUCCCCGCCCCGCCCGCUCCCGCCCCGCCCCAGCCCGCCGACGAGGCGGAGCACAAGCAUAAGAAGGAGAAGAAGAAAAAAGAUAAACACAAACACAAGGACCGCGACAAGUCUAAGGAGGAGAGGAAGAAACAUAAAAAGGACAAGGAGAGGGAGAAGAAGGCGGAGCCGGCCCCGCCCCCGCCCGAGCAGGACGGUGCGCUGCGGAUAACGAUCCCGAGGGAGAAGCUGUCCACCAGCCCCGGCCUGAAGAUCAAGAUACCGAAGGAGAGGCUGGCCGCGCCCCCGCCGCCGCCCCAGCCGGCCGGCCUCAAGAUCAAGAUAUCGAAGGACGUCCUCGAGACGUCGAGAAAGAGGACGGGCCCGCCGGAGGCGGGGCCGCCCCACAAGAUGCAGCGGCACGAAGCACCCCACCCUAAGGUAGGCAAUUGGAACGUCCCGCCCCCGUUUAACCCCCUGCCUUUUUACAUGGUCCAGCCGCCGCCGCCCCUGUACCACUACGGUAUGGGGAUGGACGGCUACUUCUACGGGGGUAUGUACCCGCCGCACGGGGGCCCCCGGCCGCCGCACGGGGGGCCUCGGCCACCGCAUCAGCAGGCGCGGGCGCCACACCCGCACCUGCACCACCACGGGGCGGGCCAGCGGCCGCCGCGCCAGCCGCAGCCACCGCCGCUGCCUGCCAUGCCGCCGCCGCCGCUGCCGCCCCCGCCGCCGGAGUGAUCGGUUUUACACGUCUUGUAUAGUAAACAUGACUAUUUCGUUUUUAGUUUAACGACAGAUCGAUUUCGACUUCUACUAUUUCCUGUUUUAAAGUUUGUUAAGUACUGAAACUUCAUUACUUUGAGUUUUUGUGUCUUAAAUUUUUUAAGUUAUUUUUAUUAUUAUUUUUUAAGGCACUUUGAAAUUGAUCUCCUUGGCGGUGGUGACGCAGCGGAUUGCUAAGAUUUAUUUUUCUUAAACAUUUAUGUUAUAUUUUUUGAGUCUAUACGUGAAUUGCAAAUUGCAUCUACUACCAUAAUAUUAUGCUAAGCCCCAAUUUCACCAACGUCUGUUAGU